AUGGGCUUUCUGGCCAUCAUGAGUUUCACCAUUGCUUUGCUAGCCAGGCACUUACCUGAUAGUUUCAAUGAAGCCAAAUCCAUCAUCUUCAACAUGUUGCUCUUUUGCAGUGUCUGCCUGUCCUUUGUACCAACCUAUCUGAGCACCAAAGAGAAAUUUAUGGUGGCUGUGGAGAUCUCCAUCCAGGCCUCAAGUGGCAGAGUAAUGACUCAUCUCUACCAGCAUAUCCUGGCCUUGGUGUUUGCUGUUAGGGAGGUGAAUGAAAACCCCCAGAUUCUGCCCAAUAUCACCCUGGGCUUCCACAUCUAUAAUGACUAUUUCAGUGUAAGCAGGACCUAUCAAUCCUCCAUGGAAAUGGUUUCCACACAGGGCAAAUUCAUCCCUAACUACAGGUGCAACACCAAACAUGAUCUAGUAGCAGUUAUUGGUGGACCUCAAUCUGAAACCUGUGUCCACAUGGCCACCAUCCUAUCAGCCUACAAGGUCCCACAGCUCACAUAUGGCUGUGCUCCAAUGCUAAUUCACAGAGAUAAGGCAGUUUUCUUCUACCAGACAUUUCCAAAUGAAGCCCUUCAGCAUGCUGGGAUUCUCCAGUUAUUGAUCCAUUUCAAGUGGACUUGGGUUGGAGUGAUCUCUCAAAAUGAGAUUAAUGAAUAUGCAGAGCAUUUUGUUCAGAAUGUACUUCCCAUCUUUGCCCAAAGUGGCAUCUGCUUUGACUUUAUAGAACGAACCCCCAUAUUAUCAUUUUCCACGCAGACUGAUGAAACGGAAAUCAGCAUCCGUAAAAUAGGCAGCAUUAUCAUGAGAAGCUCAACAAAUGUUGUGCUCGUAUAUGGUGAAAGUGACACCAUGAUUGUUUUGAGAAUGUUGCUCGAUCUUUCAGAUUUUGAGGGCCUGUCAAUGAAGACAAAAGGUAAAGUCUGGAUUCUGACAGCUCAGAUGGCUUUCACUUCUCUCCCCAUCCAAAGAAAUAGGGACAUCCAUUUCCUCCAUGGUGCGAUAUCCUUUGCAAGUCACUCCAAGGAGCUCUUAGGAUUCCAGAAGUUCCUUCAGAUGAGAAGCCCAACCUCAGAAAAGGAAGAUGGUUUUAUCCUGGAUUUCUGGCAACAGACCUUUAACUGCUUAUUCCCCAAGACCAUGGCAGACAACACCAAUGAGAAGGUCUGCACAGGAGAGGAGAAACUGGAAACGGUUCCAGAAUCAGUUUUUGAAUUGAGCAUGACAGGCCACAGCUAUAGCAUCUACAAUGCUGUCUAUGCAGUGGUGCAUGCUUUGGAUGCUAUGCAUUUAUCCCAUAUGAAACAUGAGCCAAGAGUACUCCUGAAUCAGCUGUGGCAGAUGCCUCCACUCUCCAUAUGUAAUGACAAAUGCAGUCCUGGUUAUGGCAGGAGAGAGAGAGAAGGAAAGCCAUUUUGCUGCUAUGAUUGUCUUCCAUGCCCUCUGGGGAAGAUUUCCAACCAGAAGGAUACGGAUGAGUGUUUUCAAUGUCCAGAAGGUCAUUAUCCAAGCCAAGAACAAAAAUUAUGCCUUCCCAAAGUGAUAAGCUUCCUGUCUUAUGAAGAACCUUUGGGGUUCAGUCUGUCCAUUUUGGCCCUUUCCUUUUCUUUCAUCACAGCUUUGGUGCUUGGGAUCUUCAUCAAGAACCGGAACACUCCCAUAGUCAAAGCUAAUAACCGAAACCUCACCUACGCUAUCCUCAUCUCUCUUCUACUCUCCUUCCUUUGUGCUUUGCUAUUCAUUGGCCAGCCUCAAAAGGUGACCUGUCUCCUUCGACAAAUGGCUUUUGGCAUGAUCUUCUCUGUGGCAAUUUCUUGUGUGUUGACCAAAACCAUCACUGUGAUUGUAGCUUUCAAGGCCACCAUACCGGGAUCAAGGAUGAGGAAGUGGAUGGGGGAAAGAGUGACAACCUCCAUAAUUGUCUUCUGUUCUGUUGUUCAAGCCACAAUUUGCAUUGUGUGGCUAGUAACCUAUCCCCCAUUCCCAGAUUUUGAUGCAUAUUCAGUAACAGGGGAAAUCAUUGUGGAAUGUAAUGAAGGAUCAGUGACCAUGUUUUAUUGUAUCUUGGGCUACAUGGGCUUUCUGUCCAUCAUGAGCUUCACCAUUGCUUUUCUAGCCAGGCACUUACCUGACAGUUUCAAUGAAGCCAAGUUCAUCACCUUCAGCAUGUUGGUCUUUUGCAGUGUUUGGCUGUCCUUUGUUCCAACUUACUUAAGCACCAAAGGGAAAUUCAUGGUGGCUGUGGAGAUCUUCUCCAUCCUGGCCUCAAGCAGUGGGUUGCUGAGUUUUAUAUUUUUCCCAAAAUGUUUUAUCAUUGUGUGUAGGCCUGACCUAAAUAAGAGGGAGCAUUUAAUAAACAGAAACAAAUAA